AUGCCCGGAGAGAUUUCGGCAGGCGUUGUCUCACCAGAGAGGGACUCAGCUACUCCCCAGAGCAGUAAGAAGCCUCACAAACGCAAGAGAGAUCCGAAUGGCCCCUCUGUCACCACGACGCCCGCGCCAUCCAAGAAACAGAAACGGAACCAGAGUCCGCAGCUGUCUGAUAAACAAAGUCCAAAGAAGAGGAAAAGAGCAGAUAAUGUCUCCAGAUCUGGUAUUCAAGAAACCCCGACGAAAGUGGAGAGUGCUGUUUCGCCCAGCAGCAACAAAGCGACAUCCCCGAGUGCGCACGAGAGCGUCCUUACAGCUAAGAAGAAAUCCAAGAAAGAAAAGCGAAGAACUUCCGGAAGCGAUAUUAAACCGGCUGAAAAUACUACACAUAUAAAUGGGGCUGCAGGGAAAGAUUCCGAGAAGUCAACGAAGAACGGCCCGCCUAAGACUACGGAGGCAGAAUCCGAGGAUGAGGAGACAAAGUUGAUGAGGAGCAGGCAUUCCAAGAUCCUAUCGAAAUUCAAGAAGUCCGUCCAGGUGAAGCCAUCUGAUACGUCCAAGUCCAAAGAAGGGGGUGCAGAUACUGGUGGUACAACAGAGACGAUAACCGCUGAACCUGUUGUAGCCCAGGGUUUGGAACCCUUGCCGCAACCUGCACCAGCUCCGGAACAAUCUGAGAUACCAACAUACUCAUCUCUUCCUUCGUGGCUGGCCGAUCCUUUGCGAGUGUCUACGGAGAAACGUGCUAAAUUCUCUGAACUCGGCAUUGACGAAAAGCUGCUGAACAACCUGGAGCAAAAUGGCUACAAGGAGGCGUUCGCUGUACAGUCUGCUGUCAUACCUCUACUUUUACCAGGUUCGAGGAGACAUCCAGGGGAUGUAUGUAUUUCUGCUGCUACAGGUUCCGGAAAGACGCUGUCUUAUGUUUUACCGCUUGUUACUGCGCUGGAACAAAUUCCCGCCCCUAGGCUGAGAGGGCUCAUUGUAGUUCCUACUAGAGAACUUGUCAAGCAAGCUCGAGAAGCAUGCGAGCUCUGUGCCGCUGGCUCGGGACUGAAGAUAGGAUCAGCCGUGGGAAAUAUAGCCAUCAAGGAUGAGCAACACCAGUUGAUGAGGCUAGAUCAAGUCUAUGAUCCUGUGACAUCGAAGAUGCGGCAGCAAAUGAAGCUCACCGGGGACGACUGGACCAAGUUCAGCCUUCAAGACUACGUCUCUGAGGCAGAAGUCCUAAACGAAUCGCUCCCUGGCUACGUUGAUCAGCCAAGCCCGAAUGUUGACAUUCUUAUCUGCACGCCUGGUCGCCUGGUGGACCAUAUCCGCUAUACAAAAGGCUUUACCUUGCGUCAUCUUCAAUGGCUUGUUAUUGACGAAGCUGAUCGGCUUCUCAAUGAAAGCUUCCAGGAAUGGGUUGACGUUGUGAUGAGCUCACUAGAUGCACGGAAAUCACCUGAGACAUUUGGCUUCAGCGGGAAUCUACUUUCAGGACUGGGGCUUCCUAUCAAUAGUGAGGAACCGAGGAAGGUAAUUCUAAGUGCUACCAUGACAAGGGAUAUCACAAAACUGAACUCGUUGCGACUGGUAAACCCGAAAUUGGUUGUCAUCGGCACUGAGGAUGCUGCGGACGUUGACGAAGAGGAUGGCAGACAUGGGGACUCGCAAUAUUCUUUACCACCAACUCUGAAGGAAUAUUCUGUUUCUGUUGGAGACGGAUCUACGAAGCCACUCUAUCUUCUACGUUUGUUGCUUUCACAUAUCAAAGUUGAUGCAAGCCCGGAUAGAGACCGUGCUCAUGCGGAUACCUCUGAAUCUGAGGACUCUUCUGAAGAUUCUAGCUCUGACGACUCGAGUUCCGACGACUCUAAUUCCUCGACCUCUUCAGACGAUGACCUAUCCGAUACAUCGUCUUCGGCAUCAGACUCAACCUCGGAUUCAGAUUCAGAUUCAGACUUAACGUCAUCGGACGAAUCAUCGGACUCCCAGGACUCUGAUUCGGAGCGGAUAAAAUCCUCUUCUCGAACACAUCCACCGCGUACCACAGUCUUGAUCUUCACCAAAUCAUCCGAAUCAGCAUCACGGCUUUCCCGCCUCCUUUCCCUCCUCCACCCACCCCUAUCUGAUCGCAUGGGAACAAUUAUCAAGUCCAAUAAAUCAUCGGCAUCUCGAAAAGCCCUUACAGCCUAUCGACGCGGGAAAAUUUCCAUCAUUGUCGCUACAGACCGAGCGUCCCGUGGUUUGGACUUACCCUCGUUGUCCCACGUUGUCAACUACGACGUGCCGCCCAGUGUCACGUCCUAUGUGCACCGUGUAGGGCGGACAGCGAGAGCUGGCAGAGAAGGAACUGCAUGGACCCUUGUGGCUCACAGAGAAGGCAGGUGGUUUGCGAACGAAAUUGCCAAGGGAUCGGAUGGGAAGAUCACAAGGUCUGGACACGUUGGCAAGGUUAAUGUCAAACUUGAUGACGUGGAUAACCUAAAGGCCAAGUAUGAAGCUGGACUGGAUGAACUUGAGAAGGAAGUGCGGAUGGAUAGCAAGCCUAAGUCUUGA